CUGGCAACACUGUGCUCCAGUAUAUACAGAAAUCAAAUACGAUUUUUGCAAGCCUGGCCAUUCAAAUUGGAAUCCAACCAACAGUAAAGCCCCUUUGCAAUGAAACUGGAGGAGCUCUUGGCCGGAAAAGGAUCCUCCUCGCCGCCGGAAGACGAUGACGAGGACGAGAAGGUGGAUCUGAAACCGCAGAAAUCAAGCAGCGCCAUGACGGAUGAGGGGGCGGAGAACGCGGAGGAUGCGGCCGAGGAUGCUGCCGAAAAGGAAGGUGGCAAGAAAAAGGGCACGCGAAAGAAGCGCUCGCUCAACUGGGAGGAGGCCGAGCGGGGGUUGCUCCUCGAGGUCAUCAAGUCGAAGGUGGCCUUCGUGGAAAACCGCAGCGUGGACGCAAAGAGCAUAAAGGCCAAGCGUCUGGCGUGGUCGCAGAUCACCAAGCAGUUCAAUGCACUCAACUUCCGACACCGCCUGCUGGAGCAGAUCCAGGUGCAGUGGCGCAGCAUGAAGAACUCCGCUAAGCGGGAGCACCAGCAGAAGCACCCAAAGGCGGACGCUCUUGAGGGGAUGCGCAUGAUCGAGUUCCUUGAGGAGAUGCAGAAAGAUCCUGUUAGCUCGCGCAGCCAGACGCGCAGCGCUAACAGCAACGGGGCCGUCAAAAAGGAGCUGCUAGAUAUCGAUGAGGACGAGGACAUGCCGCUGGCCGCUCUGCCCAACUCUACAAAUGCCAGCGAGGAUACGCUGCAGACCUCCACCAUCGCCAUCCCCUCGCCGCCGCCCUCCACCGCCGGCGGGGAUGGAGAUUCGCAGCAAGAGGCCACUCCCGCCCAGCCGGCAGCCCAGCGACGCAAACGGGCCAAGGCCAAGCCCUCGCCCUCGGGCGCCAAGACAGAAGCAUCCACCGAAACGGGGGAGGAGAAUGAAAAGGGCGCAGUCUCGCCGCGAAAAAGGCGACAACGGAAUCUAUCACAGGCUCAGUCCCUUCUUUCUGACGAAAACGAGGACUCCAACAAAGUAGCACCGGCCUCCUCGCUCCAGCAGUUUUCCUUGAGCGCCGCAGCAGCGGUGGACACGAACAGCCAGCCACUGGAUCUCGUCAGCUCCUCUGAGAUGGAGCACAAGUACAAGCAGGACCUGUUCCGGCUGCUUAAACAGGCACGCCUGGCCGAGAUCGACUACGCCAGGCGGGAGCACGAGCAAAAGUUGCGCUUCGAGCAGAUGGAGCAGGAGGUGAAGAUGGCGUACUACCGGCAGGAGCAGGACCUCAAGCUGCGGCACAUGCGGGAGGAGCAUGACAUCCGGCUACGACAGCAGCGGCGGGAGCACGAGGCGCGCCUGGGGAUAUACGCGCUAAAGGGAAGCGGCUUGAACGGGAGCAUACAGGAGCAGAGCUCGGCGAAGUGUAAUGCCAAAGCGGACUACAACAAUGUUCACGAGGUCGGGCCAUCGACCAGUGCGGAGGGAGCGCUGGCGCUCAAUGCCGCCUGCAACUAAGGGGCAGGGCCGUUGGCUCAUAUGCAUAUACAAUACGAAUUGCCAGCAAUUAGCGUGUAAGGGCAUUUAGAGGAAACAUCAACAGUACUUUAAAAUUUAGCUUGAAAUACGUUUAGCGAAAUGUAGCUCAUCCGGUCAGCCGGAGUUCCAGAAAUCCGAACAUACAGCUCCGAGUCUGGAGGCGCCGGAUACGAAUACGAAUACUCAUCGACACACUCAAGUUGCCACACGGACAAAUGGACUGUUGUUUUUUGUGCAUUUCGCACCACUUGAACUCACAGACAUUGCAUUUUCAAGAAAUUAGUAUUAUAUAAUUGUAUCGAUAUAUCUUUUAAGUACCCCGGCGAGGAAGAGAUCAAUUCAAAACGCGGUUGUGUCGUCGAAAAAAAAAGAACAAAAAUACUCAAGCACAGACUCUGAAUAAGUUCCCCUUUUGCAGAACGCAAUUAACUCAUCAGUCAGUAUUCUCUAUGGCCACUGUAUUAUUUUUAUAUAUUCAUUUUUUUUAGUUCUAAGCUUUUUUUUAUACAACUACCAUUUAUACUUAGGGUUGCAACCAUGCCGUAAAUGUAAAUCAAUGUAUGUUUGUUCAUACAUAAAAACGAACAACUUUUAUAAUUCGUGUAAUCAUAAGUUACUGUACGUCGUGUUGUAUAGCGCUGUAAUAUCCUGUCACUUGCUUCAGCUUAAUAAAUGCCGUAUAUCGGGCGAAAGCAAGGUAAAAUUAAACCAUUAGAUAAUGAAAUAAAAAUACAUAGUGUGUAAACAA